CCGCCUGUCAGCGGGCGGCUGGGCUGGGCUCCGACCUUGUAGCGGCACAGCGCCGGCGGCGUGCGGAGCGGAGCGCGGCGCGGGCUCGGUGAGAGGCGGGAUCCUGCGCCCCUGCGUGGGGGCCACGGCGUGUCCCCCUCCCACGGCCCACCUGGUGGCAGGUGGCAGGUAUGGCCUUGCCCAGCAGUCAGUGAUGGCCUUGCUCCGGUGAGCGAAAGCCUGACCCCAUCACCUGCCUGUCACCAGCCAGCAGGAUGCGGCUGUGGAAGGCGGUGGUCGUGACACUGGCCUUCGUGAGCAUGGACGUCGGCGUGACCACGGCCAUCUAUGCCUUCAGCCACCUGGACCGAAGCCUGCUGGAGGACAUUCGACACUUCAACAUCUUCGACUCGGUGCUGGACCUCUGGGCUGCUUGCCUCUAUCGCAGCUGCCUGCUGCUGGGGGCUACCAUUGGUGUGGCCAAGAACAGUGCUCUGGGGCCAAGGCGCCUGCGGGCCUCAUGGCUGGUCAUUACCCUCGUGUGCCUCUUUGUGGGCAUCUAUGCCAUGGCCAAACUGCUACUCUUCUCAGAGGUGCGCAGGCCCAUCCGGGACCCGUGGUUCUGGGCGCUCUUCGUGUGGACCUACAUCUCGCUGGCCGCCUCCUUCCUGCUGUGGGGGCUGCUGGCCACUGUGCGGCCUGACGCCGAGGCUCUGGAGCCUGGGCACGAGGGCUUCCACGGGGAGGGCGGGGCCCCUGCUGAGCAGGCAUCGGGGGCCACACUGCAGAAGCUGCUGUCCUACACCAAGCCUGACGUGGCCUUCCUGGUAGCUGCCUCCUUCUUCCUCAUCGUAGCGGCGCUGGGGGAGACCUUCCUGCCCUACUACACAGGCCGGGCCAUCGACAGCAUCGUGAUCCAGAAGAGCAUGGACCAGUUCAGCAGAGCCGUGGUUGUCGUGUGCCUUCUGGCCAUCGGCAGCUCAUUGGCCGCAGGUAUUCGGGGCGGCAUUUUCACCCUCGUAUUUGCCAGACUGAACAUUCGCCUCCGGAACUGUCUCUUCCGCUCACUGGUAUCGCAGGAGACAAGCUUCUUUGAUGAGAACCGCACAGGGGACCUCAUCUCCCGCCUCACCUCUGACACUACCAUGGUCAGCGACCUGGUCUCCCAGAACAUCAACAUCUUCCUGCGGAACACGGUCAAGGUCACGGGCGUGGUGGUCUUCAUGUUCAGCCUCUCCUGGCAGCUCUCCCUGGUCACCUUCAUGGGCUUCCCCAUCAUCAUGAUGGUGUCCGACAUCUACGGCAAGUACUACAAGAGGCUCUCCAAGGAGGUCCAGAGCGCCCUGGCCAGAGCCAGCACCACGGCGGAGGAGACCAUCAGUGCCAUGAAGACCGUGCGCAGCUUCGCCAACGAGGAAGAGGAGGCAGAAGUGUUCCUGAGAAAGCUGCAGCAGGUGUACAAGCUGAACAGGAAGGAAGCGGCGGCUUACAUGUCCUACGUCUGGGGCAGCGGGCUCACACUCCUGGUGGUCCAGGUCAGCAUCCUCUACUACGGGGGCCACCUCGUCAUCUCGGGGCAGAUGAGCAGUGGCAACCUCAUUGCCUUCAUCAUCUACGAGUUUGUCCUGGGAGACUGCAUGGAGUCGGUGGGCUCCGUCUACAGCGGCCUGAUGCAGGGAGUGGGAGCUGCGGAGAAAGUGUUCGAGUUCAUCGACCGGCAGCCAACCAUGGUGCAUGAUGGAAGCUUGGCCCCUGAGCACCUGGAGGGCCGGGUGGACUUUGAGAAUGUCACCUUCACCUACCGCACUCGGCCCCACACGCAGGUCCUCCAGAAUGUCUCCUUCAGCCUGUCCCCAGGCAAAGUGACGGCCCUGGUGGGGCCCUCAGGCAGUGGGAAGAGCUCCUGUGUGAACAUCCUGGAGAACUUCUACCCCCUCCAGGGAGGCCGCGUGCUGCUGGACGGCAAGCCCAUCGGCGCCUAUGACCACAAGUACCUGCACCGCGUGAUCUCCCUGGUAAGCCAGGAGCCUGUGCUGUUUGCCCGCUCCAUCACAGACAACAUCUCCUAUGGCCUGCCCACCGUGCCCUUCGAGAUGGUGGUAGAGGCUGCGCAGAAGGCCAAUGCCCACGGCUUCAUCAUGGAGCUGCAGGACGGGUACAGCACAGAGACCGGGGAGAAGGGAGCCCAGCUGUCAGGUGGCCAGAAGCAACGGGUGGCCAUGGCACGUGCCCUAGUGCGGAACCCACCUGUGCUCAUCCUGGAUGAAGCCACCAGUGCCCUGGAUGCAGAGAGCGAAUACCUGAUCCAGCAGGCCAUCCACGGCAACCUGCAGAGACACACAGUGCUGAUCAUUGCACACCGGCUGAGCACCGUAGAGCGGGCGCACCUCAUUGUGGUACUAGACAAGGGCCGCGUGGUGCAGCAGGGCACACACCAGCAGCUGUUGGCACAGGGUGGCCUCUACGCCAAGCUGGUGCAGCGUCAGAUGUUGGGGCUGGAGCACCCCUCAGACUACACAGCUGGCCACAAGGAGCCGCCCAGCAACAGUGAACACAAGGCCUGAGAGCCAGGCUGGCCUGACAGCGGCCGGCCGCAGCACUGGAAGCGUCCUGCCACGCCCCACUCUUGCUUCCUGCAUAUUGCCUCCUUCCAUCUGCUCCCCAGGCACCAUGGGCUGCCAUGGGCUACCCCUCCUCCAGUCUCCCUUCUUGGCUCCUCCAGGCCUGCCAAGGUAGAGCAGCCUUUUUAAACCAAGUCACCAGGGUUUUUACUGCUGGGUUCAGUGCACUCCAGUCAACUCCUAGAUUUCAAAAACUCUUUUCUUUUGGGGACUGGCACUGAGCAAGCUCACUGAUAUGUUCUCAAGACCUCUGAGCCAGGAGUGCACGACCCUUUCCAACCACCUGGAGGAUGUCUGGAAGAGAACUAAGCACUACCCUUUGCCCCUCUGGAGAAGCGGCUUUCCUGUCCCCUAGGGGGACACAAGGUCUGGCCUUCCAUCCUUCCAGUCUCCCUGCUCUGUGAGUCAGGCCAGGGGUGGGCAAGGGAGUGGAGGUGGCUGACUGCCCAUCACCCCCCUGCCAAUCAAAGCCAGUCUCACUGUGAACCACCGGAACCUCAGAAGAGGGGCUGGCCAGGCCUGGCGGGCCUCGGGGUGCCUCCAGCCCCACACCCAGCACUUGAGCCCUUCAUCCUUUCCCCUGGCUGGCACCCUUCCUCCCUGUCCACCCCUGCUACUCUGCAGAGGUCCCUUGUUUUUUGUGAGAUGUUCUCAGAUUGGUGGAGGGAGACCAAGGCAAUGGCCAGGGUCUGGCUUUGUCCUGGUCUCAAGAUGUGGGGAGAACUGGGUCAAUAAAGUGUACUACCUCUGA